GCAAUGGAUUUGUGUCUAAAUGUGAGACACAUUUGCAAACACUUUCACUGCCAAUAGGACUACAAUUUCUAUGUCAAACAUAACGUUAGCGUAACGUUAAGUCAUAUAACAAACAUAUCAAUCAACAACUUAGACAACACCUGUUUGAUCAUACAUUAGGGGUUCGGUUGAGUUAAAUGGUUAGACAGUAGGAGAGGUAUGAUUGCAAGCGAUGGCAAUACAAGUGCUGUUAAUGACAGCGACAGCGGAGUGGGUCAGUGCACACAAUCUACAGUUUGCGGUAAAAGUGUUGUUAAAAACCGAUAUAAGGAGUACUUCAUUGAAGACGGACCACGAGUUUCGUGGAGUCAGUAUCACUGGAUUCAAGCGGUUAGACAUCGAUUGAAUGAUAAACAAUAUUAUUUGAAAAUUAUUGAUUUAUACGGUUUGGCCGCAUAUGUGACACAACGUGUUAAUGAUAUACAAAUGCAAACAGUAGUCGACUGUACUUUAGAUUGGAUUAAACGGACGAUAAAAAGUCAACACUAUUUUGUCAAUCUAUGGAUUGAGAGGAAUGACAGACAACAAGACUAUCUGUAUAUUCAGAUGAAGAAGUGUGACUACAAACUAUCAAAGGUCUGGAAUAUUAUUAGACGACUAUUUAAUCGUCCGUACGGUCAGUCUAUGUCAUUGAUUGAACUGAGACUACGGUUACUCCUGUUUUAUAAAGUGGCCGAAUGUGUGUCUCAUCUAAACACAGAAUAUUCAUUUCACGGUAAACUCAGUGCCAAACAUAUAUUGUUUGACAUAAAUGAUAACGAGUUAUCAAUCCGUGGCUUCCCUUAUAUCUUCCACAUUAACAAUCAAAGAGUUAUAGUACUCGACAACUGUAUAGAUCUAUAUAAGACAUCCGAAGCCAUCACUGGCACAGAUAUGUUGAAAUUAGAUGCACACUCUUUGGGACUGAUUUUGGCACAAACUCUUGAAUUGCAUGAAUUGUAUGUAUGUUGUUGUGGUAUUCAAAAUAUAAGUCAAUUAAAUGACAAUCAUAAUCCGUAUAUCUCUGAAACCAUGCAUUUAACAAACUGUUAUCAAUUGACUGGCACACAGUUGAACCGUGCAAAGCAACUAAUGGGUAAAGCAAUUGAUUUAGUUAGAGGACUAACUGAUCCACGUUUUGACCAAAGAUUUGAUAGCAAAAAAGCGCUCAAAUGUAUCGAUGAGCUAAAUAUCGACUUUAAAAGUGUGUUGACUGACACAGACUUCAUAACAGCUAUCAAACAAAACAAUUAUCAUUUUUUUGAACACUUUGUUCGCAAUUCAGUCAAAAACCAAGCCGUGGACCACAACACCCAACAAAUGUCAAAUAAGGCCACAAAUGACGAACCCGUGACCGCUGUCACUGACGCUCAAUCAUCCCGUACUUCGGAUCGUAAGCGUACUCUUGGAGAUGAGUCCAUCAGUACUUACGAUAAAAAUUCAACAAAAAAUCAACGUUUCAUUUAAAUACCUGCCAUUUAAAGAGCUUUUACAGGAUUUUUUGUUUUUUGCUUAACUUUAAAUUGAUUUUUUGUUUGAAACAUUUUAGUUUAAUUUAAACAAUAAUUAAUUAUAUAACA